AUGAUAUCACAGAACCAACAAAGAGCAGAGCUGCUUCAGGCAGAAGUCGACGAAGCCACCGAGAGCUAUUUCAGACUCCGAAUUGAUGGAACGAUCAGAUAUCUCACCAUCAACCCUGGCUUAUAUAGCGAAGACACAAUGUGUUUUGGUCCAUCAUUGCUUCCAAGCCUACCAGAUUUUCCCACUGGGGACUGGAAUGAUGCCCUCGUUACUAGGAAUCCAGGGACUGGUAAACCGCACUUUGAGAGCGUGGGUCGUACCAAGUUCCCCAGCGUUGUCAACACCUGGCAUGGAACAUUGGUCGAUUAUCUGGAUAUCACAGUGAAAGAAAGAAUUCAUACAGGCAUCUAUGCAAUUGAGUCCCCAAUAUUUGACAUAGACGCCAUCAUCAAGUUCGUACGUUUCGAGUGGGAGACAGGGUAUCUCGAGAACGAAACAACGGCAUAUCAGUGGAUUGAUGGCCAUGGCAUUGGGCCCCGGUUCCUCGGCCAUUUGACUGAAGACGGCCGUGUGAUCGGAUUUGUCGUCGAGCGGAUUACCGGUGGACGACAUGCAGGGCCACAGGACCUAGAGCUUUGCCAACAAGCACUCUCUAGGCUUCAUGCACUGGGGAUCCGGCACGGUGACACGAACCGGUUCAACUUUCUCAUACGCGAGUCAAGGGCCGUUAUAAUCGACUUUGAUACGGCUCGGAAGUGUGACGAUCAAGAGGCACUCCGCAAGGAGAUGGAUGAUCUGCCCGGGUUCCUAGAAUCUACAUCGAGAGCAGGCGGUGGAGGAUUUAUUUGA